AUAAGGUAUGUAUGCAGAGAGAAGAUCUCAACCCUCCAUCUCUAUCAAAUUAACUUCUUGAAAUCAAACUGCAUCCAUACAUAUAUAUAUACAUACAUAUGGUGUAUAUAAUUUUCUUGGAUGUUGUUUGGUUUGAUAAAUUCACAACAGCAGAAUCUUUUGUUGAAGCAAUGGCAGCAGAAGUGGGUUUAUCCUCUGGCCUCAACCCCAAGUUUAUGCUCCCAAACAAGCCACUAUUUCUUUCUCAAUGUUCUCAACCUCAUACUGCUCUUUACAUUCCCAAGAAAAGGUGCCAACAAUUCAGAAUUUCUGCUAAUUUAGGUGGAGGAGAAGGAGAGCUGAAGAAAGGAGGGAAGAAGAAGUUCAUCACCAAAGAGGAAGAACCAGAACAGUAUUGGCAAACAGCUGGUGAAAGAGAAGGAGAAAAUCCAAUGAAAACACCCCUUCCUUACAUUAUCAUAUUUGGUAUGUCAACACCUUUUGUUAUUUUAGCCAUUGCUUUUGCAAAUGGUUGGAUUAAAGUUCCAAUUCGAUAAUAAUUUAAAUAUAUGUACCCACAAUUUAAGAUAAUUAUUUUUCUUUUUUCUUUUUAUUUAUGUAAUUCUUUUUCAAUUUGGAGUUAAUGU